GGCUACAUUUCCGACAUGGCUGCAAAGAUUCCUCACUGGCAUAGCUAUCUUCAGGUGAUUCUGUCCCGUGAGGCUGUGAGAGUGGAACAUUUCCAGAAAGCAGAGAACAUUUUGCUCAUUGUGCUGGAAAGAGUCAAUGCCAUGGACCCUAGGUUUAUAGUGGAUUAUUCAAGGAAUCUGGAAACCUUGGAAUUUGCCCUCUCUGCUGCAGAGGAUGAAGUAGUUAUGGAAGUACCCUUGUGUAUUGAUGCUGACGCUCUCUUGGUACAAGAGUGCUCGGGUGAACAGAGCGACUCUGAGAAGGUUACGCAUGGGAACUACCAGAUGCCAGGCUCUUGUUAUUUAGGGGUACCUAAGGAGGGGACUCAUUUAGAAAACUGGACCAAAGAAGAUGUUUUCAGUAUGGUGAGCAGUUCUGAAUCCAAUGGGCACAUAGUGCCAGGCAAAGUCCUUAAUCUCCUGAAAGAACUGAUUGUUGCUGCCAUUGUUCAUUGUAAACGUCAGUCCCUCAUCAAGCCAGGUGAGCUCAGUGCGGAGAGGCUAAAGGAAGAUGACAUGCACCUACCUUUGUUGGUGUCCAGUGGCUGGAAAAUGAUCUGCUUCAACAUUGUCCCUGUCAUGAGAAGAAGGCAGGGUGCUCUGAAACUCAACAACUGGCAAGAAAUAGGUUUUCCACAAAGCAGAAUGGGGAAAGUCACUCAGGAGACUGACUAUAUCCCUGCCAGUUACUAUCACUGGAGGUACUCCACCAAUCGCUCUAUUUUGAAGCUUGUCCAAAUUGUGAGCACCCUAAAGGGUUAUCGUUUGGACAGUCUCCGCCUCCUUGACCAAGUCAACCAUGAGAACUGGAGAGAAGGCGGCAAGAAAAAAGGACUUCCAUUUCACCACUUGAAGAUGGUGUUGCUCUGGGCAACUCACUUUUUCCCUUCCCCUGAAGACUGGAUGAAUCUGGAAGGAUCAGUGUAUCGUCUUCUGGUGAUCCUGCUUUGCUGCUUGGUGACCAAAAAUCUUCCCCACUUCUUAUAUCCAGAGCAAAAUUUGUUCCAGGGAGAUGGUCUGGACUUGAGUUCUUUGUACCCUAAAGUGGAGAACUUUGCUAGCAGCCCUGAGCAUUUCCUGAAGUUCAAUUUUGCUACAAAAGAAAACAACAUACACCAGCAGAUGGACAAUGGUCUCAAAGACUUACUUCAUCUCCCUGCUGAAGAUAAAGCCUACUGGGACACUGCCUUCUUUGACAUGCUUCUGAGUAAGUUUCAGAUGUACAAAAUUAAGGACACUCAGAGGAUUUCUGCCAUGUCAAGCAUCCUGUCAAAAACCAAGACAAUGGUGAAUAAUCAGCGUUGAAAACAUCAGUAUUGAUCCAUAGACAUCUUUGCCUGGAUGGACUUCCAGUUUGGCUUAUUUUCCAAGAUACGAAUCUUUAUCAUCUAGUAACUGCUGACUUCAGUUCUUGGCUCAUCAUAAUUGCUUUAUAAGAAAAAGGGCACACAGCAAAAGACAACUUGUGAUUGUCACUAGGUGGUAAGGGCCAUUAAGGAACAUGGUCCAAUUUUUUAUGUAUUGUCUUUUUAGAGCGAGUCAAUCCACAAGUAGUGGUUUCUGUGUUUGUGCACAUGUGAUGUGUGUGUGGGUGCACAGUGUACUGCAGUGCAUUAUUACAAGGUGAAAGUAUAAAAUAAUCUGUGUCUGACCAAGAAAACCUGACCUGCAGAAAUGAAAUUAGCAGAGGCAGAAACCAGGUACCUUUAAAACCAGUGGAGUGGCUUUAUUUUAACUUAUCCCACUUUUGCAAGGAGUAGGACUCAUAAGAUCACAGACAGCAGAUCUAUUUACUGGUAUUCCUGCCGAAUUCCUCUGGGCCUUCUCCUCUGAAGCUUCAAGAUAGGAGAGAAGAGCACAGCAGCUUGAGUUUCUGCAGCCUGAGGACUUUGCAGGGAUCUACUGCUCCAGAAAGAAGUUGUGUAGCUGGUCAUCUGCUUCUGUUCCCUUGAAGUUCAGAGCCUAACCUGCAGGUGUCAUGUACUUUAAGCACAGAUUUGGAGUGCUGAGAGGCUUAAUUGCAGUAGCCCGUCUGAGAUUAUGAAAUUGCCAAUUACUUUUGUAAAUUAUGGUGCUUUGUUGCAAGCAGAGUCUUAUGAAAGUUCUGCUGGGCCAUAUAAUUUUUGUCAUUGCAGGAGAAUAUAUGGCGUAUCUUUCUGUA